AUGUCUGUAGAGAUAAAUGUUCAAUCAAUGCAGAUGGUCUUACAAAAUAAUUUGAGCGAAGAAGAUUAUACGGAAGCUAUGAUGCAAAACCUAUUAGAAUUGAAUGAAAUCAGAUUAGAUGCACUUAAUAGAAUCAAAAUACAAAAGGCAAAGGCAGCCAAGUGUUACAAUAAAAGGGUAAUGGCUAAGUCAUUUGACCGAGAGGAAUUAGUAUGGAAAGCCAUAUUACCUUUUGAAAUGAAAGACCCAAAAUAUGAAAAAUGGUCACCUAAUUGGGAAGGACCAUACCAAAUGGAAUCUGUAUUGCCUAAUGGUGCGUAUCAUUUGAAAGACUUGGAUGGGGAAGUACACAUUCGUGCCGUAAAUGACAAAUAUUUGAAAAAAUAUAUCCCAUCAGUUUAG